AUUUGCAAUGACUGGGUCGAUCCCGACAUUACCAUCCUCGCCGGCUCUCGGCGAGCGUGACGAUGUCGACGGAUUGGAGACCUGGGAGGAUCCCAUCCCUCGAUGAUCACAGUUUACUGUUCAGGACCUCUGCGAUGCUUUUGUUGCUGCCUCCAAAGCACAGUAGAAGGCCCAAGCAGCCGUCCCGUGAGGAGCGGGCCAAGCGGAUAGAGGAGCGUCAACGCAAUAUCUUGCUCACAGCGCUCAAAAAGUACGCCAAGCAAAAUAAUAUACAGCCUAGCGAACUAGAGUUUAUGGAAGUGAAAGAGAUGAGCCUUGUUGUUGAAUGCCCGAGAGAGUAUGUUCACUACAACUUCCUAGUGAAAAGAGGCUUCUCGGAUGGUGAACCCACUAUGUUCUUUGCUGAGGUGAAACCUAAUUGCAAGGGAGAGGGGGAUGUUUAUCACUGCACCCCUUUGGAAGAGACUGACUCUGGUCAUUGUUUUGCUUGCAAUCAUGGAGCGAAGGACCUUAUGCAUCCCAAUGCUGGUGGCUACUUGGGCGGGCACAAGGAGAAUGGUUCCUUCCACAUUGAGUUGGUCCUGGAUAGUGAUGAUGAUGUUUGUUAUCUUUAACGGCUAGAAACUUGCAAAGCAAGAUCCUGGGGAAUUCGGUUUCUGGAUUGCAUCAUGGGCUCCUAGAGGAAGCAGCGUUUAAUUUAUGUGAGCAACAAAGUGCUAGCUAGAGCUUAAAUGUUGAACAUGAAUUAUGUUUUUUAAAUAUUGUUUGGUACUCUUCU